AUGACAGAGGCGCUGGUUGUCCUCCUACAGACUUGUGCCGCGGCCUUCGCUUCAAGGACACCAUCAAAGCGUCCGGACCCACCUGGUUUCGAGGAGGAGGAGGAGGAGGAGGAGGAGGAGGAGGAGGAGGAGGAGGAGGUGUGGCUUCAGGCUGACGUCCGCGCCUCCUCUGAGUUCAAGUCCAUUCACAGCGCCGCAAAAACAGGAAAUACUUCAAAAUAA